UUACCCUUAAAGACCUGGGUUUUUUGUUUUGUUUUGUUUUCUUUCUGUUUAUAUAGAAUAUUUGUUGUGCUUUCUCUGAGACUCAUAAUUAUGAAGUUUUAUUACCUUAUUCCUGUUACCAUUUACUAAUUCUUCAGGGUUCCAUCUGUUAUCUCUUGUCUGCCUUCUCUGACAGGUGGAUUUGGGGAAUUGGCAAAUCUGUUAAAAGACAUGCUGUAAUCCAUGAACCUUACUGAGGACUGGAUUUCAAUAAUGUGGACAAGUACUACAGAAAUCAAAUUUUAGAAAAAUAGCCAAGUCUCAAUAAUGAUAAAAAGGUUAGAUACAAGCAAGGUUUUUCUUAAGUUCUCCCUGUUCACUGCCAUCCAUAAGCACUACAGCAUCCAUCAAUGGCAGGAGUUUGCUAGCCAGAAUCCCGACUGUCUUGAGUAUCUAGCUGCCAGCUCAGGCACAGGAUCUGCUGACUUUGAGCAGCUGGAACAGAUCCUGGAAGCUAUUCCUCAAGUAAAAUAUAUAUGCCUGGAUGUGGCUAAUGGCUACUCUGAACAUUUUGUUGAAUUUGUAAAGGAUGUACGGAAGCGAUUCCCCCAACACACCAUCAUGGCAGGAAAUGUGGUAACAGGAGAGAUGGUAGAAGAGCUAAUCCUCUCUGGGGCUGACAUCAUCAAAGUGGGAAUUGGUCCUGGCUCUGUCUGUACAACUCGGAAGAAAACUGGAGUGGGGUAUCCACAGCUCAGUGCAGUGAUGGAGUGUGCAGAUGCUGCUCAUGGCCUCAAAGGCCAUAUCAUUUCGGAUGGAGGCUGCAGCUGUCCUGGGGAUGUGGCAAAGGCUUUUGGGGCAGGGGCUGACUUUGUGAUGCUGGGUGGCAUGCUGGCUGGACACAGUGAAUCAGGUGGCGAACUCAUUGAGAGAGAUGGCAAGAAAUACAAGCUCUUUUAUGGAAUGAGUUCUGAAAUGGCCAUGAAGAAGUAUUCAGGAGGUGUGGCUGAGUACAGGGCCUCAGAGGGAAAGAUAGUAGAAGUUCCCUUUAAAGGCGAUGUGGAACAUACUAUUCGUGACAUCCUAGGAGGCAUCCGGUCUACAUGCACAUAUGUAGGUGCUGCUAAACUGAAGGAAUUAAGUCGGAGAACUACUUUUAUCCGAGUCACCCAGCAAGUGAAUCCAAUCUUCAGCAACUCCCAGUAGACCCAAGAAGUCUACUUUCCUGAGGCAGCAACACUGCCAGUGUAGCCUCCCAACAGGGUGUGCCUCACCCAUGGCAGGCAGUGCCCUGUGGUGGUGGUGGCAGCCACCUAAUUCAGUUCCGGUUCUCGCUUCUGACGGCUCCUCUACUCACUCCUGCUUCUCUAGCUGCACACAAAAGGCUACAGGAGAGAGGGAGACGAGGGAGAAGAUGGGAAAUCUACAAAUGACAAUCUGGGGACAGCCCCCGAAGAUUAGGAAAAAAAGAUGCUGAUCCAUACAGAAAUAGCAGACCUUGGUCUAGAAAAGGAAGGCUAUUGGAAUCAUGUUAACCAGCUUCAUUAAAUGAAAUCAUCAAAUGUCUAAACA